GCGCGCCCGGGCGGGAUGGGUGACCAGAUUCAUCAUCCCCCAGCCACCAUGACGCAUACGGAAGGUGCCAACAACUUUGCGCUGACUGGGGAGGCAUCUGGUGGUGGCUCCAUGGAGAACCUGAGCCAGAGACUGGUCACCGGGGGCCCUCUUGACUUCCUGUCGGGCCAGAGAGAUGUGGAUCAUCCCUGUGUGAGGAAUGCACAGAUUCUCUUUUCGACCAGCUCGAUGUCCCUGAAGAUGCGUGUCAGGACGGCAGACGCUGUUGGCGAUCUUCAAGCAAAUGAACGAGGGUGACCGAAUAGCUGCAGACAAAGCUAAAGGAGCCAGACUGGCAGAAAAGCUUGCGAGGGCCCAGGCUGCACCGAGAUCCUGGAUCCAGAGGCAGCUUGGUACCCGAGGGAACACAGCCCAUAUAAAUGACGACAGCCGGAAGUGGACAAUGAGCCGAGGAGGGUGGAAAACUGAGUGCACUCUGCCCGGGUGCAGCUGGGCCAGCUGCAGACGACCAGCCUCUUUAGUGCAGCCUUUCACAUCUGGCACAGAGGACACUUUGGUACGAUCAGGAUCUUCAGACCGGGUCGCCUGCCCACUGUCCCUGGGGGCACGGAAUGAGGUCAGUGCUGCUUGGGGCCGGAAGGCGUUGGUGCUCUACUCCCUGGACGGGCAGAUGGGUCUGAAGUUUCAGAGGUACCGACUUGCCCCCUGAGGAAAGCAUUCCAUUCUGGAGCCUCUGAUGGACCAACAGAAGUUGCUGCGAUUGUCUUGUUCUGGAACUUCUGACCACGUGAUGGUGGCUUUCUGGGGCGCUGUGCAGCAGAUCAAAGAGGGAGGUGGAGAAAGGGAGAUACCCAUUUUCGUCUUCCUCACAGGAAGGCAAGAUUGAAGACCCAGGAGGCGGUGUGGCUUCAGUGCCAUCAAACCCGUCUAACCCCGAUGGAACAGUGGCCCGAAGUUCUCCACUUCAUGCUGGCAGAUUUUAAGUGGGGUCUGGCUUGGGCAUAGUUUUGUAGCAAGACUUCCUUUUUCUCCUUCGAUGCCUGCCCCAAA